AUGAAUCAAAAUUCGAAUGACAGUUUAAAGGAAAAGACGAAAAACUACUUGGAAAAUGAGAAUCGACAAAGGAAAGAUGAAAUACAUAGUUUUAAUAAAUGGAAUAAUGAUGGAUUUUCAUAUGGCACUGAAAAUUGGCUUAAGUCUCUUAAUACUGAAGAAUUAAAAAUAUUGUGCCAAAGAAUUGCUUCUUUAUUACCAGUAGAAGAGUUGUCAAAAAUUUUGAGUAACAAACAGAAUAAAUGUCUUCAAGAACAUUUAAGUGAAAAGCAAGAACUUAUAAAGAAAGUGCAGGAAUUAGAAAAACAUGUUUUACAAUUUAAACAGCAUAAUAUUAAAGUUGAAGAGCUGGAACUGAAGCUUGGACAGGAAAGAAGCAAAGCUGCAAGCCUAAAAAAACAUUUGUCACAAACUUAUGAUGAUGGAAUUAGUAAAGAAAUGAAAUUUUAUCAAUGUUUAGUAGAGAAAAAUUUCAUGAAGGAGAGAUCAUUACAGAAUCAAUCAGGAAAGAGGAAAUUUUUACUGGAUAGAAAAGCAUUCUCUGGAGAUGAGUGUAAUGACAACAGAAGUACAAAUUUUAUUCAUUUAUGUAGUAAAAAUAUCAGGCGUAAGUAAUUUUAUCUUUUGAACAAAUCUGAAGAAAAUUGUAUUACGACAAAUAUAGCUAGAAGAAAUAUGUAAAGUUAAAUAACG